GACGAACCAGGAAGUGACGUUGUCUAUACACAAGCUAUGACCUUUGACCUUACUAGCAUCAGUGUGUUACCUAGACCUGGGGGGUGAACCCCGAAACAUUCAACCGCUGCCUCCCCAGGUCCUGGUUUUCACCUCCUGUCACCUGUAUAUUAUUUUACCUUUACAACUGGAAACAUGAGGCGUCUAAAUCGGAAGAAGACACUGACUCUAGUGAAGGAGCUGGAUGCUUUCCCCAAGGUGCCUGAGAGCUAUGUGGAGACCUCAGCAAGCAGGGGGACCGUGUCUCUUUUUGCGUUCUCAUUUAUGGCUGUCCUUACUAUCAUGGAAUUCUUCGUUUAUCGGGAUACCUGGAUGAGAUAUGAAUAUGAGGUGGACAAAGAUUUCACCAGUAAAAUGCGGUUGAAUAUAGACAUUACUGUGGCAAUGAGAUGUCAGUAUAUUGGAGCUGAUGUAUUGGAUCUGGCUGAGACUAUGGUGACCUCAGCAGAAGGGCUGGCAUAUGAGCCGGUCGUUUUCGAUUUGUCCCCUCAACAGAGACAUUGGCAAAGAAUGUUACAACAAAUCCAGAAUCGGUUACAGGAGGAGAUAUCGCUGCAGGAUCUUCUGUUUAAAAGUGCAAUAAAAAGCCCAUUCACUGCACUACCGCCCAGAGAAGAUUCAAACCCUGGGCCACCUAAUGCUUGCCGGAUCCACGGACACCUGGAUAUUAAUAAAGUAGCUGGGAACUUUCACAUCACUGUGGGCAAAGCCAUACCUCACCCGCGGGGUCAUGCACAUCUGGCAGCUCUUGUGAGCCAUGACAGUUAUAACUUUUCCCAUCGCAUUGAUCACUUUUCUUUUGGGGAGAUCCUGCCAGGAAUCAUUAAUCCUCUAGAUGGGACAGAGAAGAUAACCAUGGACAGUAACCAGAUGUAUCAGUAUUUUAUCACCAUUGUCCCAACAAAAUUAAAAACAAACAAGGUUUAUUGUGACACACAUCAGUUCUCUGUAACAGAGAGGGAGCGGGUUAUAAAUCACGCCACAGGCAGCCAUGGUGUUUCUGGGAUUUUCAUGAAGUAUGAUAUCAGUUCCUUGAUGGUGACAGUUACAGAAGAUCACAUGCCCCUCUGGAAGUUCCUUGUGAGGCUCUGUGGUAUUAUUGGAGGAAUUUUCACCACAACUGGGAUGAUCCAUGGAUUGGCCGAGUUCUUUGUGGAUGUAAUCUGCUGCCGUUUCAGACUUGGAGUUUAUGGGCGUCUUGAGGCUGCCCACGUUGACGGUGUCUCCUCGAACCACUGCGCAGAGACCUCUGCCCCAGGCCCACUCUGAUUGACAUUGCGUUUUAUUACAAUAAAAAUUCCUAAAGUUUUAUAA